AUGAGUUUAUACCUUGAUGACCCUCAGGCGGUCGAGAAGAGUGCUACAGCAGAAGCGCGCGAGUCGAAACGACAGAAGGCUAUUGAAAAGCUUUCGGAUAGCUUGGAUACCUUCGAGAUGAGGAUCAACACAGGAUCAAGAGUGCGCAAGUGGCAGUAUGACGAUAUCAAGAAAGGCCUUGGAUCAUCAUUUUACUGGAGUCUCGACAGCAGGAAGGACUUUGCUCAACAUAUGACCGAACAAGGAUGGAUUGCUGAGGUCUGUGAUACCGAGGCGGACGUCAAGAUUGCCAGAGAUGCACAGUCAAGGGAUAUUAUUAUCUCCGGAGAUUCUGAUAUGCUCGGUUACGCGAACAUCCACACUCUGUGGCGCCCUGUCUCCAAGUCCGUAAUCCUGGUCUACUCUCUGCCAGAUAUCCUCAAGACCAUCGGAUUCACACGUGCGCAACUCACGGCGCUUGCGGUUGUCUCUAAGAAUGACUACCAACGCAAUAUCAAGGGCCUUGAUCCCCAUUUGAUUGUUGCCGCGUAUCUGUCCGACCCCACCGUUAUCUCCAAAAACAAGCUGGAGGCGACAUUCAAGGAUUCCAUCCGAGACUUUAUUGAGAUGAGGCAACAAGUCAUGAACCCACUCCGGCCGAACCCAACCCAAGCAGUUUAUCAUGCUUUACAGGAGCGUUUCCGAGACCUAUGCCAGAAGCGCGAAUCUCUCAAAGAUGUCAAAGGAAGCGAAGCUCAGCCAACGCCUGUCGAAGAGCCGAUUGGAAUCCCCCGUUCAUUCAAUCGAUAUCGCACAGUGGAGUCUCCAGCAAACGUAGCGAAGGACACAAGAGUUCCUUCCCCACCACCUGAGGAUAGUGGCCACCCGGCUUUGGCUAGGACAAGAAUCCCACGUCAUCGUGAGCGGUUCUCGUUUCAAGAACGAACUCGCAAAAGGCUCCGUGCUCCACCUCCUCGCAUGAAACAGAUGACACUCAAGUUCUACAAACAGCCCCCCGAGACAAGCGCCAAGUCUCCUCCCAAGCCGAAGACCAACGUCGAGAAGGCGCCUGCUUCGGCCAAGAAGCCCUUAACAGAGAUGAAGAAGGCUGGUCUUGUUCGGUCGCUCGCCUGGCGCCACCCAACAGUCAGCCUUAAGGUGGGAACUAUCAACACCAAUACCAAGAGAGUUUUUUUUGGGUGGGCAGACAUCAACAACCCCCUCUCCGACUACACCAGGAUCUAUCGCGCCCUUUCCAACGACGCCCACUCUGUCCGCGUCCGAUCCACAGAGUGUUCCCGUCUGGCGGCCGACAAAAAACGCGAGGCUCAGCGUCUUAUUGGUAUCUUCGUGGAGACACUACGUAUUCGGAUGGAUUCCGCGGAGGAGGCCCUCAGGAUCGAGCUGCCGCCCGAAAAACUGACCGUGUCGGAAGAACAGCGCACUAAAGCGCGCAGAGAUGCUGUCUCAGACACUGAGCGCAAGAUCCUCGACCACCUGGAUUUGAAAGGAUUCGGAGCGAGAGAUCUCUUACCCAAGGACAAGGACGAAGACGAGGACAAGGACAAGGGUAAGAAGGAGAAGACUAGCCCUGGAAUUGUCGUCAACUAUCUGAUCGACUGGCUUGUCACUAGCCAUUUCUACGACCCAGUCGGAGGCGAGGUGAGAUCGAGGUCAAGAUGCCCUAUACUCCUACGAGCAGAUCUCGACCAUCGAAAACUUCGUGUUCCUCAACAAGCUCACCAGCAACAGCAGGCGAAUAGUACCUCUCACUACCUCACAGCAGCUGUUUGUAUCGUUUUCAGAACGGGAGUUGGGGACUGGAUUGGAUCCAAGGAGCCAGACUUUAUUAUCAAGCAUUUCAUCUGUGAUGUUGGCUCGGAGGGAUUGACCAGCAGACAGAAGAAGAAGGCUGGACAUCGAGCAGCAGUCAGAUUGUGGACGCUGGAUGAUAUUCGGUCGCGUCUGCAGCAGUUCCUGCAGGAGGAUGAGAAGAAGGUCAAGAAGAAUAUCAAGGAUGAUGACGAGGGCGAGUUCCACCCGGCUAUGUACAAGGAGAAGGGCUAUCCAGGAGUCGACGUCAAGGACAUCAGAACUUUAACCUUGGAUGCUGGACAGGCCUGCAUUGUUGGAGCAUUUGCUCAUCUCCCCGAGGAAAUUGCGAAGAGGGUGAAGGGCAAGGAGGUUGCCAAGGAUCUGUCUUCCAGCGACAUGGAGGGCGUUGUCGCCACAGGACCUCUGGACCCUGCGUCUGUGUCAACAUCAUCAGUCUCCUCAGCGUCGACUAUGGCAUCCUUGUUGACACCUCUGGAUACCUCCGGCGGCUCCUCUUCUAACGACUCGGCUCCUCGAUCUGCAAAGAAUGUCUCAUCGCCAUCCAUCUCACCUCAGCCCUCCACGGCCAACCCAGCCCUGUCACCAAGACCGGUAGAGCAGGAGGAGGAGAUGUUGAAAGCAUUCUACAACGGUCCGGAUGGCAAGUACAAACGGAAUCAUUGGGACAUGCAGCGAGCGCGCCAUGGGGAAUUCCAGCUUAUCGCCCAUCGUUUGCUUGGAAUUGUGGGAGGAGGACUUGGGAUACUCAGCGAUCCGUCCAAACCCGUCAUCAUUGGGAUAGGAUUAGGGAAAUUCGGGACCAAGAGUGGAUUGACGUCGCUUCAUUCUACUUUCCUCUCCUACUUUGUACCCUUGGGCUAUCUCCUCGACUUGCAGCACCCCGACUAUCUCUACCCAAUCGCCCCAGUUGGAAGUAUGCCCUGGAAGGAAGCAAGCAGCGGACUCGGAACCCCCUCCACCACAGGCUCCACCGCAACCAAGACCGCUACUACUAGUGGCCUCACCAAGGUUGCCCUUCGGUCCAAAGGUCAGCGGAAACGAUCGUCGACUGCUUCGAGUCUGAAGCAAGCCCCCUCGAAGUCAGCAAGAAAUUAG